AUGUGGUCAAAGCUAAUCAAAAUAUUUCGCCCUUCCAGAGCCAUUGAAAUGCCAGAUUCCCCGGCACCGGCAACCAAUUGUGAACAGGCUCUCGUUCAGCUGAAAAACUUUGGGUACGCCUUUGAUGGAGCUGGAGUCCUGCGCAAAAUCGAUCCCGCCACAGGAGAGCCUGGCAAGGAGCCCUUUUCCUAUAACGUCAGCGACGAUGCCGCCGAAAACGAGAAGCACUACCAAAAUCUAGCAAACCAAAUCCCGGAAAUUGUCUAUGCUCUGUUGGAGAAAAACGGGCUCAGCCGCACCUAUAUUCCCUUUGACACGGCUCCAGAUCGCUCGUCGUUCGUCUUCUCCCAACCGGCGAAGCUGUCGCAGUCUAAGAAGCUUCUAGUCCUUAUCCAUGGCAGUGGAUACGUUAAGGCGGGACAAUGGGCCAGAAGUUUAAUUAUUAACAACUCGCUGGACCACGGGUCUCAACUACCCUAUGUGCGAAAAGCGCAGAAGCUCGGGUACGAUGUGCUAAUUACCAAUGCCAAUGAUUGUAGACGAUUCUACAACGGAAGAGAUAAUCCAAUUAAGGGCGUGGAAAGCUCCGUAGAACACAUGAAAUAUGUUUGGAAAAAUAUUGUAUUGCCAUCGAAUCCGGAAAGUGUGGCUAUUGUGGCUCACAGUUAUGGUGGCUGUCUUACUCUAGAUCUGGUGGAGCGCUUUACGGAUUUCUUUAAAGAAUUUGUUUUUGCGAUUGCUUUUACCGAUGCGGCCAUGGGAAGUCCCAAGGCGAAGACCAGGGAUUACCUGUGCGAAGUCACCUGCGAUUGGGUAGCCAGCGACACACCCUUGGACACUCCUGUCUCUCAGUCAAAGAACAGCAUCCGAAAGGUUUCCGCUGGUCAUACCAAACAUGAGUGGACCUCUUACUCGGCCAUCGAUUCUGUGUUUAAGUUCAUUGAGGAAAAGUAUGAGCAGCGGGCGAAUAGGAAGUGACAGCCGCACACAUGAACUUGUUAAAGAAUUUUUGUACUCCCCAUUUUUAGAACAUAUCUUGGAGAUGUGAAUAUAAAUUAUAUUUUUACCGCCUGCACACAUCUGA